AUGCGGUACUCUCAAUUAUCUUGUUCAAAAUUACUUGUUUGCACGGCAAUUAUAUGUUUGGAUUCGAAAUUUUCUAAUUAUUCAUUUUUUCAUAUAAAACAAUGUACGCCAACAUCACUUAAUCUAAAUCCAAAUUUACAUUUAAUACCUCAAUAUAAUAAUUAUCUACAAAUUGAACAUAAACAUGCAACCAAAGGAUUUAUUUGUUCACAUUGUGCAAGAUCAAAUUUUUUUCUAUACAAUUCCAGUAGAUUAGAUAAAUGUUCUAAAGAAAUAGCAAAGAUUGAACUAAGACAUUAUUGUAAAUAUUCGUCCACGUACACUACAAGGAAAAAUAUUUGUCAAUGUUUAUCAACGAAUGAAACUAUUGAACUAGUUAGACAUUGGCUUAAACCAAUAGUUAAACUUGGUAAAAGUCAUAUGAACACGAAUCGAGUUAAUCAGAUCAAUGCAUCAUCUUCAUAUUUUGUAUAUUUUCUAAUUGGUUUUAUUUUUUCAAUUAUUAUUUUUGGUGGUAUGAUUGCAAUGAUAUUUAAUUGUAUAAAAUUGAAGUUUACUCAAUUAAGGACAUUAAAAUAA